AUGGAGAGUCGUCCUGCCAAACGUCACCAUCCAGAGACCAAGGAUGAGGGGCUGAAUAAGAAACAAAAUCUGACAUUGGAGACCAUCAAAGAUGAGGCAGCGUUUGUGUCCCGGUUCAGCGCUCUCUACAACAGCAGCAACCUCAGCGAUCUGGUGCUACGGGUGGGCAGGGACAGAUACUACUCUCACAGGUUCAUCCUCAUCACAGCCAGUGAUGUCUUUGAAGGUGGGGUGGAAUCUCAGGAGCCAGAGAUAGACCUGACAGAAGACCCCGAGUGUGCUCCAGUGUUCGGGAUAUUCCUCAAAUAUCUCUACAGUGGCUCAGUCCAGGUGUCGACGGAUACAGUUCUACCCAUCCUUUUACUGGCAGACAAAUACAGCAUCACUACCCUGCGCGAGUCCUGUAUCGAAUAUAUGAUGCGACACAUUGUUGAGUCUCCCGACACAAACCGAACACUAACAUGGUACCAGUAUGCCAAAAUGACGGGACAGGAAAAACUGAAAGAGAUCUGUCAGAAAUUCAUCCUGUCCAAUUUUGAUGUUAUUCUUGAUGCCCCCGACUGGCAUGAAAUGACUAAGACUGAGCUUGUUGAGUUCCUUAGCAGCUCGGAUCUUGUGGUACUGAGUGAGAUCCAUUUGUGGAACAAAGUCGAGAAAUGGCUGACCUGUGAAGAAAACCGUGAUUCACUUGCAGAGAAUCUUAAAGACAUCUUGCCCCUUUUGAGAUUUAACAUGAUCUUGCCUAAAAAUCUAUUAACAAUUGAAUCGUCACCUUUGUGUUCGAAGUACACAGAACAUUUUGCAGAGAAGCUAAAUCAAGCCUAUCGUCACCAUUCUCUGAUGAUGGAUUGUGGAGAUGUUUGUGAAAAUCGAGAGCAGUUCAGGAACUAUUACAGUAAGGAAUACCACCUAUGUUUUCCAUUUUUGCUUGAGAAUUACCCAGGCAUCAGCAAGAUAAACAGCCGCGUCACAGUUGAAUGUCACGUCCCAACCCACUACAUGCCCUCCAGUCAAUCCCAAGGUUCUUGCACCGAAUUCACUGCCUACUUUUUCCCUCGUGGUUUCUACAAUACCAUCACCUUAUAUGGCACUUACAUGAAUCGUCAGAGCGAUGCCACAACGUUCAAACUGUGUCGAAAGUUUUCUGACCAAACUACUUUAAAGACUGAUGUCACACUGGUGCUUUAUGGCCGAAAGAAUUCUGUAAGGUACAUUGCCUACACCUUCAACAUGAGCCAUCUGUUUGGGAAGGAAUCAUCGACCCUCGCCAUGGAAAACAUCAUCGACUUGGACAAACUGAUGCAGGAUGAUUCUCCGUACCUAAUUGAUGGAACCCUUGAUGGGAAGCUCUUCGUGAAAAUACAAGAUAUGGGACCACACUUGUUGGACGGUGAUACUAAGUGACAAGUAUCUACAAAAUGAAAAUCACAAAUUUUGGAUGUUAUGUACAAAAGGUUUGAAACACUGAUGACAUAUUUGCAUGGGUGUAUUCUGUGUCAGGUACUUCACAGUGUUCAUUCGCUCGAAGUUGAUCAUUCUGGAAACAAUUUUACCAAUUUACAUAUGUUUUGAAAAGUUUUACACUUUUACACAGAGAAUUAUAUUUACACAGAUUUGUUAUUAAUGCUGAAACUUGGUUAAUAUAUUCAAACAUGCAUGUCCCCAAGAAAAAGUUUGAUUAGAUUGAGCACUUUCCAUUUAUAU